AUGUUCGAACCAUUCAGCGUGCAAAAAAGUAUCCGUAUAGGAGAGGAAAAGAGAUUUUGUAGAAGUGUACGAUUUCGCGAGGAUUUUCCUUCCGAAUUGAAUGGUAUUGUACAUCCGUAUGAGUUUCAUGAAUCAAUAAAAAACAUUAAUCGUGCUCGUCGGUCAAGUCUCCUUCAAAUAUUUGCCAAUUUGAUACUCAUAAUAUGUUUCAUCAUUGGAAUUGCAAUAACAAUUGUUGGUUUCGCAUUGAUUAACAAUACAGAUCGAACCUUAUGGAUUGUUCUGAUUGUGAUUGGAGCUGUUGUAUCAGUUAUUUCGAUUGUAGUUUCUAGUUGUUUAGCACUUGGCAUUUGUUCACCACACUCGAAUCGAUUGGUGGAAGCAAUAGGCUCUGAAUCGAUGAAAUACAUAACUAGACGACCGAUACCAAUGAAAUGGCGAUUACAGAUAGAUAGCAUUGCGAAUCAAAGCUAUCAAUACAAUCCUUUCGUGAGAGGCUCUAAUAUAUAUUAUUCUCUGGCUAUUGACAUUGGUAAAAAAAUGGAUCGGGAAGUUCGAAAGAUUUAUGAACCAACAUCCUAUCUUGGGCAACAAUCGCAUCUUUCUUUAGUCUAUUAA